GGCGGGCGGCUGGGGCGCCAUGGGCAGCGGCAGCAGCCGGAGCGGCCGGGCCCUGCGGCGACUCCGCGGCCCCGACAGCCGGCCGGCGGGGUCCGGUGGGGCAGCCUCGGAGGGCGGGACGCGGCCUCUGGUCUCGGCGACGGCGGCGGCCGCCGGGGAGGAGGCCGGGAAGGCGGAGGCGGCUGAGGGGGCAGCCGAGCCCAACCCCGGCCCCGCGGCGCCCCCCGACGGCGGGGACGAGACCCUGCGCCUGCUGGACCAGCUGCUGGCCGAGUCGGCGGCCUGGGGCCCGGGGGAGCUGGCCCCGCGGGGUCCGGCGCGGCCCCGACCCGCAGCCGGCGCCGGGAGCCCGGUGUCCUCAAAGCAGAGCACUGAUGAGCACCCAGAGAGCGCCGGAAUCUCCAGAGCCCCGGACAGUAGCCACAGGAGGCCCGGGAGGCAGUCGGGCGUCUCUGCCAUCUCCUACGACUACUCGGAAGAGGAGCUGAUGGCCAGCAUCGAGCGGGAGUACUGUCACUGAGGCCUCCGGAGCAGCCCUGCAGGCCCCUGUCCCAGCCAGCCGGACACUGCUCCUCUGCCCCACCCCCACCAGACUGGGGUUGCACCCCCACCCCCCAGCCCUGCCCUGCCCAGGCUCUGGCUGGAGCUGAGCCCCUCCAACAUGCAGCUACUCCUGGUUCUUUCAAAGAUCCAGCUUCAAGCUUGCUGGCAAGGGGUGGUCAGCCGCGCAGACACCGGUGCGAAGGCAGGCGCAGGUGCGGCCCCCAGGUGAGGGCGC